ACUUUACUUAAUUAUUUGUUGAUAAAAAAUAGGCAUCUAUAAACUCCUUUAAAUUUCCAUACUUUCUUAACUUGUAAUCUUAAACAUUUACAAAUUAUUCAACGGUUACUGUCACUGUUGAAGUUUUUCUCACUCACUAAAGAGCUGGAUAUGGAGUCAUUAUAUGACGCAUGGGAGAGAUACAAGGAGCUACUUAGGAAGUGUCCACAUCAUGGUCUACCUAUAUGGUUACAAGUACACACUUUUUAUAAUGGUUUAUUUCCUAAUAAUCGUACCAUGCUUGAUGCUGCUGCUGGAGGAUCAUUAAUGAGUAAACAUGCUGAUGAGGGUUAUAACCUCAUAGAGGAGAUGGCUUCAAAUCGUUAUCAAUGGGGUUCAGAAAGAUCACUCAUUAAGAAAAAUGCUGGAAUUUAUGGGGUUGAUGCCUUUACUGCUUUGACAGCACAAAUUGAGGCUUUAAACCAAAAGUUAACUAGGAUGAAUGUCUCAACCAUACAAGCCACAAGCAUUAAUUGUGACUUGUGUGGGGGAGCACAUCCUAGUUCUGAAUGUCUAGAAAAUUUGGAGGAUUUGUUGAAAAAAUACAUUGCGGUUAAUGAAUCAAGGUUUCAAAGUCAAGAAGCAGCAACCAAGAGCUUGGAAGCUGCAGUCCAGAACCAAGGUGCAUCAAUUCGAAAUUUAGAGGUUCAGGUAGGUCAAUUGGCAAGUGUAGUUUCUGGAAGAGCACAGGGAGCAUUACCAAGUAGUACUGAAAAAAAUCCUAAGGAGCAAGUGAAAGCUAUAACAUUGAGAAGUGGGAAGCAAUUUGGAGAUGAAGAAAGCUCAGACAAUGAGGGUGAAAAAGAGAAAGCUCCAAUGGAAGAGAAAAAAUCUGAAGUGCCAUCUAAAGAAUCUGAAGAAGUCAAGUCUUAUGUGCCUCCAAUUCCUUUUCCACAUAGAUUGAAGCAACAAAAGCUAGAUAAGCAAUUUGCUAAGUUUCUAGAUAUUUUUAAGAAAUUGCACAUUAACAUUCCUUUUGCAGAUGCUUUAGCUCAAAUGCCUAGCUAUGCUAAAUUCUUAAAGGAGAUCUUAUCUAACAAGAGGAAAUUGGAAGAAUAUGAGACUAUGAAACUCACUGAAGAAUGUUCUACAAUUCUUCAGAACAAGCUUCCCCCAAAGCUAAAGGAUCCAGGGAGAAACUUGGGCUUGGAGAGGCAAAAGCAACAACAGUAUCUCUUCAAUUGGCAGAUAGAUCCAUCAAACAUCCACAGGGUAUUAUUGAAGAUGUCCUGGUAAAAGUAGAUAAAUUUAUCUUUCUUAUUGAUUUUAUAGUUUUGGACAUGGAAGAAGACCAUGAGGUACCUCUUAUCUUAGGCCGACCUUUUCUAGCCACUGGUAGAACUUUAAUUGAUGUGCAGAAAGGAAAAUUGAUGCUUAGGGUAGAAAAUGAACAAGUUACUUUUAA